GUUACCAUAGUGAUGAUGAAUCAUCGGAUGGUUAGCCGCGCGCAUUGGCCAGAUCGUGUUGCGCUUGAGAGUUUCCCAAUUCCAAUCGACGGGAUUUUACGAACGUUUAGGCCAGGAUACGGUGCUGGAAAACCGUUCAAGAAGGCACUAUUGAAGUCUUUGGGAAUUGGCUUUAGCGGGUCUACCAAAGCCGGUACUCAUUGACAAUGUCGGAAGGGUUGUCGCUGGUAGAUCCCGGCCUGCAGGAGCUUGUUGCAUUGGAUAAAGCCUACAGGUCCCCCAAGCUAGAGCACAAAUUGCAGUCCAUUUUACAAUAUACCCAUUUUUUUGUCAAAUACCCAUCCCCUGACCUGGUCACUUCUGGUUUUCUCAAAUUGGCCGAGUACUGGCGCACAAGCAAUAAUAUCGUGCGACAGUCAAUUUUCAAGGUCUUCAAACAUAGCCAAUAUGCCUUGACGAAGAUCACUAGCGUAGAUGACAUGCUGCGAAGGAUAUUUGUUGUUUUGACGAGCAAUGACCCCAUUGCUCGUGCGCUCACUCUCAGGCUGCUCGCAUAUAUGUCUGCUAUUGUUCAAGAACGGAUUGAAGUUCAUCAUCGUGUUCGACUUCUCUUGGACUCCAAUGAUCCUUUAGAAUUGGAGGCGGCUAUUUUCGCGACCGAUAGGAUUGCUUCAAAGUCCAGGACCUUUGCUGCCAACAUCAUGGAUAAACUGGAGCUUAUGGUGCUAGACCCAAUUCAGAAUACUGCAACAACUGCAAAGGUUUUCAGGAUUUUCAGGCACAUGCACCAUGAUCAGCAAUUGGCAAAUUUGGCACGACAAUCCUGUUUACGAUACCUCCGCGGCUCCAACGAUGAAGACUACAUCAUAACCAUUGCUCGCACGCUGACAGUUCUUGCCAAGCGCUGUAUAUUUCAGAUUGAUGCUCAGGUGGAACUGCUGAUUGGGUACCUGGAGCAGGACCGCCGAAUACCAUUGCAAUGGAGUGCUUUGGACUGCUUAAGGACACUCGGAAAGGCACAAGGGCAUCACUUCACACAGGAGAACUUCUUGUAUAUCAUGAAGUUUGCAUGUUCAGCGAGAUGCAGCGUCGUCCGCCAGAAGGGCUUUCAAGUGCUCAGUGUGCUCUGCGGUCACUUUGACCUUCUCCUCCGCUUGUUCCACAGUCCCGGAGGCGGGAACACGAUAUCCCAGCAGGUGUCCCUGUCGGACAUUGAGUCUAUCAUGUCACAGGGAGAUGCGAGCUCUGUCUAUGCGGCUAGGACAUUAUGCAAGAUGUACACAUUCGCGCAAACUCAUCUCUCAGUGAAUGGAAUUGAAAUUGGUUUCAUCUCAGAUGUCGAUCAUGCGACUGUCCGUCAGCUUCUCAACAAACUAGCUUCCAUGUCGACGAAUGUCUCCGCGUCAGAAUUCAGAUAUACCGCGGAGACGCUGGUGCAACUGUCGAGAUUACGUGACGGUCCUGAGGUAUGGAAUGCCAUGCUCUCGGCAUCACAGAAGAAUCCGCUAGUUUUAACAAAACUCUUCAACUUGAUUUUACGAAUGCUGAGCCAGCAAACCGAUUCCGAUCAUCACUCGGUUAACACUUUAAUUUCGAUGGCCAUUGUCUACCUUUCAGUGUUACCUGCUCGCACCGUUGCUGCGGCGCUGCGGGUUGCGCUACGGUGUGGGCAGAUUCCGCCUUCCCGACAGCCUGAUUUUGCUUCAACCAUUACCCCUCUUCUUAUCCGGUCGAAGGAAGGUGUCCAAGGGUACUGGCAUCUUUAUGGUAUUGGGCGAGAAGCCGUGUGUGCUGGACAUUAUGGUCUUGCCCACGAUAUAUUUAAGGAACUCGUUCUUCAGGUUACAUCCGAGUCAGUUGGUUUUUGGAUACGCAGUUUGGAACAUGUUGCCCAGGCGGGCAUAUAUAUCAAUGCACUUUUAGAAAGUGCAACUAAUAUCGAAGUUUUUCACAAGCUCGUUGACAGUCUUCGAAGCUCAUCAACGGCCAUCAAGUCACUCGCGGCAAGCCAGGGGUCCCGCGCAUUUCAGUAUGAUCUUCUGAUACUGCAUGCGACCACCCUUGAAGCAACACAGGGAGUCCUGGCAACGUUAGAAAAUCACAGCGAUGAUCGUGUAACGCAGUCGAUGAAGUGGUCAACCUUCAAAGAAACGUUCGAUACUUGCUCUAGAGGAUACAGCUGCCUGGCAGAAAGUUUUGUGGAUAUCGACGAUGCAAGCCUGGAUGUUCUUGAUUCAUGGGCGGUAUUCUGUGUAUUCAUGACAGAGCUGACAGGACAGUUUGUUGCAAGGACUGGGCUCUUCGAGGCAGGAGCACCCGAAAUAUCACCCUCGCGGCUCUACCUGAUGAUGUAUGCCCAGCCGGUGUCAAGCACAAGAACUGGAAGCCGGUUGCCACCGCAUUUAGCUGAUGUACUACGUGGAAUAGAGGAUGAGAGCCACAUGCAAGUCAAGGACGUAGGACGAAGAAUCUCCCAAGUCUUGCGUGAGACGCUAUUAAUCCCGAGUUACUUUUUUGUCACACGACCAAGCGUCACAGUCCAGGUGACAGUAACUCCCAAUUGGAGAAACGGAGUUCGUCGCGUCAAGACUUACGAAGACUUGAUCUUAAAGCUGGAAGGGACAGUAAAAACUCCCGCGAACUGGAAGCUCAGAGGACACGGAAGAGAGAUCGUCGCCCUCGAAUAUGUCACUGAGGUAGUCCCGAUGGUUGGCACAAAGGAAAGGCUGCCAGACGCCUUUGAAACCUACCCGAAGCAACACCACUGCCCCCAAAAUGUUCUUCGGGCAAACCUUGCGAAAGGGUACUUCGCCCAACUCUGCGCGGUGUCUUUUACGGAGUGUAGGAAUCCAGAAACACGAGAAUACGUUGUCCGAAUCACUUGCAAGUUGGUUGAUCUAGUCGGUAAUGUGUGGAGGAGCGGCCCGGUGGUAGAAUUGCCUGUCAGUCUAGAAGGACCUACUAGGGAUGUUGCUGGUGGUUUCAUUUAGGCACUCAGAGGAUCAACUGGGCUGUCUAAAUUGAGGAGUACGAAGAGCAUCCUCGAAAUCACACAUUUGGACGGUAGGCUUCAAGGAGUUAGGUCUUAUAAAGAGCGCCACUGCAGAGUCAAAAACCCACCUGCCCGUCCAAUGUCGUCCGAUUUAGAGCAGCUAAUCCAGCUCGUCGAACUAACUCCUUGAGGUCAGCACCCGUCUUUCCUCGGGUGCGCGCCGCAAUCCCGGACCAAUCCAAGUCUUUUUCGAAAGGGAUCUUCGAAGCCAGUGUCUGCAGAAUGUCGACACGUUCAGAAGCCGAUGGGGGACGGACAGCUAUGAGACGAUCGAUCCGGCCUUGACAGUCGGUAACGUGAGAUCUCAGGAACAACGUGUGUCAAUGACCUCUAUGUAUACUCAACAUACCUGGCCGAAGGAGGGCGGGGUCCAGAGAAUUUGGGUGAUUGGUGGCGCCAAGGAGCACAAUACGGGAACUUUGCCAGUCCAGAGCAUCUACCUCCACAACAAGCUGUGAAAAUAAUUUCUUUCCGACCUGGCCCAUUUGAUCGUGGCGUGAAAACAAUGCUUCGAGCUCAUCCAUGAAAAUGAUACAAGGACUGCAUCGCCGAGCUGUUUCAAAUGUUCUUGCUAUUGCCUUUUCGGAUUCCCCAACCUAGAAAGUAUGUAUUAGCUCUGGAAGUUAAGGUCGGUGCCAUAGCUACAUCAACCUACUUCACCCUUGAUUAUUUCGGAAAUGGAUAUGGGAAGGAAGUUCGCUCCGGAUUCGAACGCAACCGCUUUAGCUAGAAGGGUUUUCCCAGUCCCUGGUGGUCCGUAUCUGUUACGAAAUCGUCAGAGAGGGGCAUCCGUACAAUGACCGUACAAUUACUGCAUGGAAACAUACAGCAAGACGCCUUUCGAAGGUUGUAUUCCCAGUCUGGCAAACGCCGCAGUGUUUUGGUAAAACCACACCACACUUUCUUGGAGUAGCCGCUGUUGGAAUCGUCGCGUUAGGCAAUUCUUUAUUCCAUAUAUGACAACAGUCAAACUCAC